GAUGCUAAUUAGGUAUAUGAAAUUAAUUUGAUACGCUAGUCAGAUCUUUCCCCAUUCCUCGUAAAAUCGUUGCGAUCACAGUUUGAAAUGGUCCCAGUGAUGGUCCGGAAUACUGUCUUCUUAGUAUUAGGCAUCAUGUUGGGCGUUCGACUAACUGAUAUUAUAGGUUACCUGAAGCUGUGGAGGGAAAGCGACUUGCGGGCGAGCGAGAAGGCGGCUCUGCUGAAGUAUCCGGUGGCCUCGGAGGAAGUCCUGGCCACCUGGCUAGAUCGAGAGGUGCGAAUACUCUGCUUAGUGCUCACCAUGCCAUCCUCACACAGCACAAAGGCUGCCCGAGUGAACCGCACCUGGGGAGCCCGCUGCAACAAGCUGAUCUUCUUGAGCAGCCAAACAGAUCCCAAUCUAAGUAUUCUCAAGAUGGACAUACCCGAAACCCGGGGUAAUCUCUAUGCCAAAGUGCGCACAGGGAUGGCCUAUGCCCACAAGCAUUACUUAAAUGACUUCGACUGGUUCCUGAAGGCCGACGAUGACACUUAUAUUGUGAUGGAAAAUCUGCGCCUGUUUCUUUAUCCCUACGAUCCCGAAUCGUCGGUGUUCUUCGGCUGUCGCUUCAAAUCUGGAUAUUCCCAGGGCUACAUGUCCGGUGGCGCAGGCUAUGUGCUCAGCCGAGAUGCCCUAAGACGUCUGAACUUGUUCGCCUUGAACAGCACCACCACCUGCAAGUUGAAUGAGUUCGCCGAGGACCUCCAGAUCGGUCACUGCCUGCAGGAUGUGGGUGUUAUAGCUGGAGAUACGCGGGACUUUCAAGGACGCCACCGCUUUCUGCCCAUCAGUCCCUAUGAAUUGAUGCCCUUCAUUGAACUGCAAUCAUGGACCAAUGGUUACUUUUUCCACAAGCCAAAUAGAAGCGACUGCUGUUCUGCCUCGGCCAUAUCCUUCCACUAUGUCAAGGACGUGGAGUUCGAGUUUCUCGAAUUCUUUCUCUACCAUUUGAGAGUCUUUGGUCUUCACCAGGCCCAAAGGGCUCUUCCAUCGCGCUUGGGCUUCCGGCAAAUGAAUGAGCGCCUGCAACAUUGGUCCCGCCAAGUCACCGACAACAGAGGUUGACGAAGGUUUUCUCAAACUUUCUCAAACUCAGAUUAUAGGUAUUCGGAUGGAA